AAAAGCCAACUGUCAAAACAGUAACAAGAUUAGAGCUCUGGAUUAAAAGGUCUAUCGAAACUAGCUACAUGGACACAUACGUCGCCAGCUGACGAGAGAGUGUGUUUGUCAGAUGUUUUUUGGAUUUUGGAUAUUACCCCGGCUGUCACAGCUCCGAACGGAAACCCGCUUCUGGAGAGAGUUCGUGCUAGCUAGCUAGCUAGCAAGCAGACUUUUAUUCUUCAGGAGGACUUUUCAUUAUAGUUAAACAAAAUCUAAAUUGAAUGUUGCGUCUGUCAUGAGUCCGGCCGGGUGCUCCCAUGUGAACGGUUAUAAGGUGGACAAUUGGAAACAAAACCUACGAGUCAUAUACCAAUGCUUUGUUUGGAGUGGCACUGCUGAGACCAGGAGACGAAAGGUGCCUCAGAAUGAUGCGGGAUGGACAGCAUUGGCCAAGUCGUGUAUCUGUCACAUGUGCGGUGCCCACCUAAACCGGCUCCACUCUUGUCUCUACUGCGUCUUCUUCGGCUGUUUCACUAAGAAACACAUCCACGAGCACGCCAAAAACAAGCGACACAACUUAGCGAUAGACUUAUUAUACGGUGGAAUAUAUUGUUUUGUUUGUCAAGACUACAUAUAUGACAAAGACAUGGAGCAGAUUGCCAAAGAAGAACAGAGGAAAGCCUGGAAAUUGCAAGGUGUAGGGGAGAAAUACACAACAUGGGAGCCCACCAAGAGGGAGCUAGAAUUACUACGGCACAAUCCAAAGCGGAGGAAAAUCACUACAAACUGCACCAUAGGUUUACGAGGGUUAAUAAACUUAGGCAAUACGUGUUUCAUGAACUGCAUCGUCCAGGCCCUUACACACACACCGCUGCUGCGAGACUUCUUUCUCUCUGACAGACACAAGUGCGAGAUGCAAUCAAACUCCUGUCUAGUGUGCGAGAUGUCUCAGCUCUUUCAGGAGUUCUACUCCGGCCACCGUUCACCCCACAUUCCCUUCCGGCUAUUGCACCUGGUGUGGACCCACGCACGCCACCUAGCAGGCUACGAGCAGCAAGACGCCCAUGAGUUCCUCAUUGCAGCGCUGGACGUGCUGCACCGGCACUGCAAAGGCGACACCACCCGAGACGACAACGGGAAAAAGGCCAAUAAUCCAAACCACUGUAACUGUAUCAUUGACCAAAUCUUCACUGGGGGCCUACAAUCAGAUGUUACCUGUCAAGUAUGCCACGGUGUUUCCACGACAAUAGACCCUUUCUGGGAUAUUAGUUUGGACCUUCCCGGUUCGUCCACACCUUUCUGGCCCCUCAGCCCCGGAGGUGACGGAAGCACGGUCAAUGGAGAGAGCCACCUGUCAGGGUCCACCACACUCACAGACUGCCUACGCAGGUUUACACGGCCUGAGCAUCUAGGAAGCAGUGCCAAAAUCAAAUGCGGUGGUUGCCAUAGUUACCAAGAGUCCACCAAACAGCUGACAAUGAAGAAGCUUCCCAUUGUAGCGUGUUUCCAUCUCAAACGGUUUGAGCACUCAGCCAAAUUGCGGAGAAAGAUCACUACAUAUGUGUCCUUUCCUCUAGAGCUGGACAUGACGCCCUUCAUGGCCUCCAGUAAAGAGAGCAGAAUGAACGGGCAGUAUCAACAAACUGUAGAUGUAUUAAACAAUGACAAUAAGUAUUCCUUGUUUGCAGUGGUGAACCACCAAGGCACGCUAGAAAGUGGCCACUACACCAGCUUCAUCCGCCAACACAAGGACCAGUGGUUCAAAUGUGACGACGCCAUCAUCACCAAGGCCAGCAUCAAGGACGUGCUGGAUAGUGAAGGGUAUCUCUUGUUCUACCACAAACAGUUCCUUGAGUACGAGUAGCCUUACCUAGCGACCACUGACCAUGGAGAAGUACUGCUCUUUAUGAGAGAAUCCCAGGUGACUGGGGGGGACAGAGGACAAAACAUGAACACACACAAACCUACCUGAAACUCUGACUACCAGUUUGCUCCUUCCACCUGGGAGGUAGUUGACAAAAAAAUAAAAAAAUAAAAUAAAAAAAUAACUUUCAAUCAUGCAACCUUUCAAAAAAGAAAAAGAAAGAAAGCGCACUGAGCUACUUCUUGGCAUCUACUUGGCGAAACUGAAUGGCGAAAGAGGAGGGAUUGAGGAGGGAGAGUUGGGCGUUAUCAGUUUCAGGAUUAAGGAGAGGGGAAAGAGGCCAUGCACUUCCAUCUUACUCCCUCCCCCCUUCUGCUGCGGGGGCAGAGCUUGAGUGUCAGUCAUGUGGAUUGGGCCCAUCUGGAUUCUUAUAACAGUGUUGUAUUCUAAUUUACUUUCUCCCCUCCCAUUUCUCUCCCAUGGUGCUCUUGUUUUCAACUGACCAAGCGUUUAACUUAGUCAUGAUGGAAGAUGGACUGUAUGUUGUUAUAUGCAUAUGGAACUGAAUGCAAAAAAAAGAAAAAAAAGAAAAAAAUUAAACUACACAAAAUCCAAGGUAUUAUUGACUUUGCAAGAACAUUUUUAAAGGUAUGGUAUUGAUUCUUAUCGUUUGUGAAUUUAGUUAUGAAAAACUGUAUGAAUCUAGUAUACAUCUAUUUUUUAAGAGGAAAAAAAAAAACAUGGGGAGGACUUGGAGGACACGCUAUCUAUGCCAGUUGUUGGGGAAGCGCAGCCAUGGAAACUGAACACACUUGGACCUGAGCGUGCCCAUGUUCCAUCACUUUGUUUUAUUGUUUUGUUUUUAAGUCUGGCUGAGGGCAGGGAUUAUAUAUUUUUUUAGCGACUCAUUCGAUUUUGAGUUUUGUUUACUGUUCCUUUCAGUGUCCAUGUUCUCUUUUUUUUUUUUUUUUUUUAAUGUUGCAGUGCAGUCAUGUCCCUUGUGUCCUGGUACUGAAAAAAAAAAUGUUUUGGGGUGUAUGCUUCUUUCAGUCUUGUGGAGUCGUUGGUAUAAUGAUGAUGACGAUGAUGAUGAAAUCGGCUCAGUGAUGUCUGUUAAUAAAUUGUAUGUUUGAAUAUGAGCUGUAGGUUUCGUUGGGCAUUCUGGAAAAAGACACGUCGAGCGCGUUAACCCUCCGAUAAGGUCCUGGAUGUCCGAGGACGCCACAGUGCUUCCUCAUCGGAACAUUUUGAACGCUCUGCGCAACCCGAAGCCCGCGUAACACCACUGCAUGCGAAGGGGCGAUAUAUUAGACCAAGCACUGAGUAAUGCCCUGAGGUCUGCAGCCCAUCUUCUGUGUCUGAAAGAUUUUUCCCAUUAAUCAUAAACUUUGUACUGUAAUUGGGGAUGGAGGUGAGGUAUUUUAGACGGUAAAACAAAUUUCACGUACAUGGGCACUAUUGCGGCCACAGCCCGGCUCUGAAUCCAUCAGUGUUAUCUUCUCCAUGGCAACCGUGUGGCUGGUGGAGACUAGUUCGGCUCGUGGUGUCUUGCCUCUGCAGUGCAGUAAACCAUAUGCUCUAUUCAAUCAGUAUGCUGUCUCUCAAGUCUGACUUAAGGUGAUAUACAUACACACCAGGGUGUCGUGGUCUAUGUUUGAAUGUCACUAAUUGUGUAUGUCUAAAAAUGAAAAAUGCGAUGGGGAAAAAAAAAAUCUCUUCACUCAUGUAUAAGAUGAAGGGGCCUGACCUGUCACAAAAUGCCACAUUAAUACCACAACACCUGGUUGUUUAGCUGCUCUGUAAUCAAAAAAAAAAAAGAAGAACAAGAAAAAAAAAUCAAAGAUGCAUAUCCUCUGGUCUGCUGCAGAACCCCUUGAACCCUGAGCCAGAUGGGACUAGUUGGGGUCGGAACAGUAAAAUCACAAACUUGUGAAAUGGUCGCACCAACGCUUCGAUGUUAUAAUGGAGCAGAUAAAGGCCACCCAAGGACAUUCAGGGACGCAGCUGAAACGAAAAGGAAGAGGAGAGCUUCAUUGUCCGUUUCAGUGAUUAAACUCAGA